CCCCCGUCUCCCUCCAUUUCCCACCCCCGUCUCGCUCAGCCACAAGAAUCCAAAAUCAUCACCCACCACAGAGCGAGAGAGAGAAGAGAGAGAAAGAGGAGAAAGAGACCAUGGCUUCCGCCGUCGAUUGCAAGGGCAAGGAAAUCGCGCCGGCCAGCCUCCUCAAGUCCGGUGCUCCCGUGGCCUUCCGCUCGGUCCACUCCCCCGCCGUCACCGCCGCCCGCCGCCCGUACAACACGCAGGCCAAGGAGGUCAGCCGCUACGACGACGACGACGACGACGACGACUACAGCGGCCGCGACCUCGUCAUCCCCAGCUUCUUCUCGCAGGACGUGAUCGACCCGCUCGGCGCGCCGACCAGCAUGGCCCGUCUGCUGUCCCUGAUGGAGGACGUCGCAUCUCAGACCGGCGGCCUCUCCUCCACUGCUGGGGCUGGCGCGUCGCGGCUCGGACGCUGGGUGGCCAAGGAGGACGACGACGCGGUGUACCUCAAGGUGCCGAUGCCGGGGCUGACCAAGGAGCACGUGGAGGUGCGCGCGGACAAGAACAUCCUGGUGAUCAAGGGCGAGGGCGAGAAGCAGCCCUGGGACGGCGACGACGACGACUCCGCGGUGCCGAAGUACAACCGCCGCAUCGAGGUGCCCUCUGCUGACGCGUACAAGAUGGACAAGAUCAAGGCCGAGAUGAAGAACGGCGUGCUCUGGGUCACCCUGCUCAAGGUCAAGGAGGAGGAGCGCAAGGACGUCUUCCACGUCAAGGUCGAGUAGUCCUUGUGGAUGUGGUAGUGCUCAUGGAGGAUGGCCGGCGCGAGAGUGUGAGAGAUGCCCUGUUUAUGUGGUCAUGUUUGGUGUCUUUCUUCCUUGUUUUGCUUCGUUGAUCGUCUUGCAUCGAGUAGGUGAAGUUGGCCGCGAACUCUGAUAGUUUCCUCAAGUUUGGCAUAUGAUGAACUGAUUUGGUGGUGAAAUUGGUCAUGAAAUUCUGUUGAUUUCCUCAAAUUUGGCAUAUGAUGAACUCAUUUGGUGCUGAAA